AUGUCGCGCAGCGGAGGUACCACUCUCUACGUCACUGGCUUCGGCCACGGCACACGCGCCCGCGACCUUGCCUUCGAAUUCGAGAGAUACGGCCGCCUCGUCCGCUGCGACAUCCCAGCCCCACGGACUGCUUCUUCCCGCCUUUUCGCCUUCGUCGAGUACGAGAGCCGCCGCGAUGCCGACGACGCCUACCACGAGAUGCACAACAAGCGUAUUGGUCGCGACGACCUACUCAAGAUCGAGUGGGCUCGUACGCCACCAUCGGCCAGCUGGCGAUUCGACACCGGCCGCGGAGGAGGAGGUGGUGGUGGUAGCCGCCGUGAGCGAUCGCCUCGCCGUGGCCGCUCUGCCACCCCACCACGCCGUAGCUACCGCGAUGAUCGUGGCGACGACGAGUACCGCGGUGGCCGUGACCGCCGCGACGACCGAGGAGAUGAUCGCCGCCGCAGCAGGAGCCCGGAUGAUCGCGACCGACGCGACCUGAAGGAGCGAGACCGUGAGGAUGAUUUACCAGCACGUGACCGCGACGACAGGGAGCGUGAGCGUGGCGACCGGGAGUAUGAGCGUGAGACCAACGGAGCCACCAACGGCGAAGAGCGUAAGGGUGAGUUGCCCAUUCGCACCAGGUAUGACCAGCUGAUACUGAUGAACGACAAAGCCGAAGAAGCUCCACCUGCCCACGAUGACCUGGAUACCGCUGAGUGA